CCCUCACGCGCGAGUCACAGCGGUGGAGCCGGCACCGCAGGAGGAUGUCCCGGGAACCUAGGACAUACAUUCUUUUCCUGUUCCUUUUUCUGAGCCAUGGAAUGGCAAGUCAUAGAGUUCCAGAUUCCAGGCAGGAUUUGUAUCCCCUGUUGCAAAAAAUGGCGGAAGAAAUAAUAGAUGGAAGCUAUCUGAAUGCCUUACUGGAUCUCAUACAGUUUCAAAGCUCCCAUGGGUGGACAGCGGACCUGUCCCACAGAGUCCUGGAGUAUCUGAAUUCACGGAAUGUUGCCUUCACCAUCCCCAGCCUGCAGGCAGCCAUGGAAAACCACCUGGAGCAGCGUCUGUACCAGCCCCAGAAGCUGCUGGAGGACCUGAAGGAAACAGAUGCUCAGCAGUUCCGCACCGCCAUGAAAUACCUCUUGGAAGACAAGAAGGACCGCCUGGAGCUGGAGGAUGUCGUUAUUGACUUGGGAGAGAUUCGGAAACAAGCCUUACAGAGCCCUGGCGUGAACCGCAGCCUAUUUCUCAUCACACUGGAGAGGUGUUUCCAGGUGCUGAACUCCCUGGAGUGUGUGGAGAUCCUGGGCAGGGUACUGAAGAGCUCCUCAGGCAGCUUUCUCCAGCCAGACAUCCCAGGAAAGCUCCCCCGGCACCUGCAAGAGGAUGCUUUCAAGAACCUAUCUGCGGUGUUCAGAGAUCUCUACGACCAAACCUCGGCUCAUUCCCAGAGAGCUCUCUACACCUGGAUGACUGGGAUUUUGCAGACAUCCUCCAAUGCUACUGGUGAGCCCAGGCUCAAAGCCAACCUCCUGGACAUUGCCACGGAGAACCAGACCCUCAAUGAGACUCUGGGCUCUUUGUCGGAUGCGGUUGUGGGCUUGACCCACAGUCAGCUGGAAUCCCUCUCUCCCGAGGCUGUGCAUGGCGCCAUCUCAACUCUCAACCAGGUCUCAGGCUGGGCCAAGAGCCAGGUCAUCAUCUUGUCUGCCAAAUACUUGGCCCAUGAGAAGGUGCUGUCUUUCUACAACGUCAGCCAGAUGGGCGUGCUGCUGGCUGGGGUUGGCACCCAGGCCUUCUACAGCAUGGAUCGCAGGGACCUCUUGCAGGUCCUGAGAAGCACGAUCUCCCUGCAUGUGUCCGACUUGUCACCUGCCCAGCAGCAAGGCGUCCUCAGCAAGAUGAUUGAAGCAGGAGACACUGUCUCAGGCAUUGUGGAAAUACAGGGGGCUUUCUUUAAAGAAGUAUCUCUCUUCAAUUUACGGAGGGAACCCGGAUUUAACACAACAGUCCUAAAGGAAAAGGAGCUUCGGAGGAGUCAGCCACUCAGGCACCCCAGCCCCACCCCCUCUUCUCCCGGGUCCCUUGUUUUGUUUUCCAGCACAGGGCAUCUGGUCAAAGGCGUGACGUGCUCGCACAUUGAUGCCAUGAAUGCGGACUCCUUUCUGGCCCAUUUCCACUAUUUUGAGAACAACCUCUCCCUGCUCUCACCGUAUCAGGUUAAUUGUUUGGCGUGGAAAUACUGGGAGGUCUCCAGAUCCUCUCUGCCGCCCUUCCUCUUGGCUGCCCUCCCGGCUCACUACCUGGCUUCUGUCCCAGCUUCCCAGUGUGUGCCCUUUCUGAUCAGCCUGGGGAAGAGUCGGUUGGACUCCUUGGUUUUAGAUACCCACAAGAAGAAUUCAGUCCUUAGGAAGGUACAGCAGUGCCUGAACAACUCCAUUGCCGAUGAGUUCAUGGUAGACAUCGUGGGGGACCUGCUCUGCCACUUGCCGGCAGCCACCAUCCACCACGGGGUCUCCCCCCGGGCUUGGGCCACAGCCCUGCAUAGACUCCGAGACUGCCCGCACCUCAGCCCGGAGCAGAAGGCUGCAGUGAGGCUCAGGCUCCUGGAACAGCAUGGACUCCCCGGGAACUGGACAGCUGAGACUACGAAGGACUUGGGACCCUUUCUAGUACUUUUCUCAGGAGAUGAAUUAAGCUCUAUUGCCACAAAGUUUCCUGAUAUCCUUCAACAAACAGCUUCCAAGAUGGCCGGGACUUUGCUCCCCAAAGAAUUCCUCUGGGCUGUCUUUGAAUCUGUCCGGAACAGCAGUGAGAAGAGCCUCAGCUCUGACCCCAGCCCUGGUUGCCAUGGAGUCGUGGCUCCUUCCUCUGGUGACAUCUUCACGCUGGCUGAAGCCAAUGCCUGCUGGGCCCCCGAGGACCUGCUCUGCAUGGAGGAGCACACGUUCAUCAGGAACGUGGAACUUCUGGGGUCUGUCAGGGGUUUCGACCAACCUCAGCUGAUGACCCUGAAGGAGAAGGCAGUACAGUUUUGGGACAUGCCUUCUUACUGGAAAGAGUACCAUAUUGUCUCCCUGGGGCGCAUUGCUCUGGCUCUUAAUGAGAGUGAGCUGGAGCAGCUGGAUCUCAGCUCCAUUGACACUGUGGCUUCCCUCAGCCAGCAGACAGAAUGGACCCCAGGACAGGCUAAAUCCAUUCUGCAAGGAUUCCUGGAGGAUGCAGGCUAUCGUAUCCAGGAUCUGAAGAGUUUCCACUUAGUAGGACUUGGUACAACCUUGUGUGCUAUGAACAUCACUGAAGUCUCACUUAUAAAAAUCUCAGAAUUCAGGGUGGUGGUGGCCAGAAUCGGAACCCUGCUCUGCAGCACCCAUGUCUUGGCUGAGUUUAAGAGGAAGGCAGAAGUUGUAUUUGGGGAUCCCGCCAAGUGGUCCGGCCCUGUCUUGCAGGAGCUCGGGACCAUUGCAGCUGGAUUAACUAAGGAAGAGCUCCAAAUGCUGGACAAGGAUUUGAUGCCGUAUUUCCAGCCAUCAGCAAUCAAAUGCCUUCCUGAUGAGAUAUUCAAAGAGCUGUCCGCGGAGCAGAUAGCCUCCUUGGGUCCCGAGAACGCAGCGGCGGUGACCCCAGCCCAGCGCAGGCAGCUCAGCGUGUUGCAGCUGCAGAGCCUCCAGCGGGCGCUAGAUGGCGCCAAGACUCGCUCCUGGCUGGACACGCCCCCGAGCGCCAACCCCACCAGGACCGUCUCCUCCGCUUCUACUCUAGGAGCCCCCAGCACCUGGGGUCUUUGGCUCUGCUGUCCUUUGCUGGUUCUUAUGGCCGAGACCGUGUGAGCAGCGUGUGUGCAUCGCCCUUCAGUGCCCAAGCAGCCGGCCCAGGGUGUGUGGAAACAGAGGCACUUCAGACUGUGAGACCCCCUACCCCAAUCCACAGCCUCCGCUGGGGCGGGGAGACCCCAGGGCCUUGAAAUUUCAAAGGCACCAAAAGGAAGAAUAAUUGUUAAAAAUGAUUUUAAAAGUUCUUCAGCUGGCUUGUGUCCUCAGCAGAGAGACGUUCUCUGCCCCGUUUCAGCCUCUCUUGCUUUCCAGCUUGGAGACAGAGAAACUGUGGGUGGGAAGGGUGUUUUCUGUCAAGGGCAUGAGGACCUGACGCCCGAGUUCCUGGCAUCUCUCUCUGAAGAGAGGGCAGUAACUUGUGCGUAAGGAUUGGCGGGUGCUGGCAGUGGUACCAUUUUAUCCAGGACCUGAUCUGGCUUCUUCUCUGGCUUAAUGUCUCUUCCUCGGAGCUAUAGGCUACAUUGGAUUUCUCCUUCUUAGGUAUUUAGCAGAGCCGAAAUAAAUGAAUCCCUCAACAGAAGCCAAUAUUCCUGCCUGAUUGCUGGGGCUAAUUGAUGUUUUGGUGGGCAUUGCAUUGCCUGGAAAUUAAAACAUUUAACAUGGC